AGGAACCUGCAUAAUGCCACCUUACGUCUGCAGUUGCCCACCGGGCUUCAACCCUCCUCGUUGUGACCGCAAUUAUGCGUGUGCGAGCAAUCCAUGCCAGCACGGGACGUGCGAAGAGUUCUAUACCCACUACCGUUGCACCUGUCAUGACGGAUGGCAAGGAAUUAGGUGUAAUAUAGUGGUAAACUGCGGGCAUCCUGGUUCUGUUACCAAUGGGAAUGUGAUAGGCAACAGGUUCCUGUACGGGGACACAGUAUACUUCACCUGCGACACGCACUACGUUCCUGUGGGCCAGACUUCAGCUCAUUGCCAGGGAAACGGGCAGUGGUCGACAUCAAAGCCAGUUUGCCUUUUCGGCAACACAUGCCAAAGCAAUCCAUGCCAAAACGGGGGGACAUGCAUAAACAGUGUCGAGCAGCACGAAUGUCUCUGUACUGAAGGAUGGACUGGAGAAAUAUGCGAAACAGACAUAUCACCACCGCGUGUCGACUUUUGCCCUCGGGAUCAAGAUGUAACAGCGCUAAACAACACGGAAACGGUGAGCUGGCAAACGCCGAUUUUUAGUGACUUCAGAAAUGAGACAGUCCAUGUAUCAUCGAACUAUGCCGGAAACAAAGGGACAUUUCCGUGGGGACAGUACGAUGUCCAGUACACCGCGACCAAGCCUUUCAACGGCCUGAGAUCUUCUUGCGAGUUCACAAUACGAGUUUAUCCCCGUCCAUGCCCACCGUUGGCUCCCCCUGCCCAUGGGGCCUUGGCUUGUAACGGCUGGAUCACGCGGCUGGGCCGUGUAUGUAAAACCUUCUGUCAACAAGGCUGGACCCUUCCUAGGGGACAGGAAAACAAGUUGAGUCAGCUAUACGUGUGUGGUGCCCACGGAACGUGGCUUCCUUCAGCUACAAUACCAUGCUCUGCUCGAAGUACAGGAGUUGAUGAGGUCACCGGCUACUUCCCUGGCAACUGCACCAGGAGGGAUGCUAUAAAUAGUAUCAAAGCCCAGUAUUUGGCAGCGCUACGUCAUUCAUCGUUCUCCCAAAUCUGCACAUCAUGGCAUGACCUGUGCUCGGAGGACAAUGUAGAGGUUACUUGUGGUGAAAACUGACAAAAAGUGAAAUUUUCAUUUGCAAAAAUAAUUUGUCAUUUACAGAAAUAGCGUGAUUACUAAUCGAUGUCGUUGUCAGAAUUAAUUUUGCUUCUAGCACGUUGUUUAAUACAUAAUAUAACAAAUUAAGCUUGCUAAACAAUUAGCAAUCUGAAUUUGUCGCAUUUUAGUACAUCAAAACAGUAAUAUAGCUUUUACAUCUGUAGCAUUUAACAGCAUAUUAUUACGCUCAACAUCUGUUAUCAAAAUCUAACGCUAUACCAUAAUUCCCUUUAGAAUUUGACAUUUUAGUAUUGUACUGGACAUGAAGUACUGCAAGAUGAUAUUAAUUUAUCGGUUGUUUGAUCGUUGCUAUGUUUUUACCUUACCUGUAUCCAAGGAUCACAUGUUGUUGGCAGUUGGAAAUAUUCUAGAGUACGGUUGCUAACUACAUCUAGAUUUUGUAUGCCUUUUUGAUAUGAUCAAUUUAUUAUAUGUGUAUAAUAAAAAUUCAUUUA